AUGAGUCUCACGGACAGUUCAGAAUCCCUUUCAUCUAAUGGUACGUCAUUUAAAAAUACUUUUUUUACACUUUAAAAAUAUUGUUUUAGAUAGUGAGACAUUGAGCGGGCUUUUUGAACAAAUCGAAGAGAAGGCGGAUUCAGGUAACAUCACACUUUAUUUAUUAUAUUGUUUAGGGAUUAAUGGUUCUGUUAUAGCUGAUUUGCAGCAAUUUGUUUUGAUUUUACAAUAUAUUUCAUCUUUCGGUUAACAUAACUUUUUUGAGGGUACAGUGAAUAUAAUGAUGAAUAUCUUUAGUGUCCAGCUCAGAAGACGCUGAAGAAGACAUUGAAAAGAUAGUUAAAGAAGAGCUUGAAGCUGAAAAUAAGGAGGAAAAUCAAAGUUGGUUUAAUCUAAACUACUUUGGUGUUUAUAUUAACAUGCCUUCGUUCUUCUGUGUAGCUCUGAUCUUUUAUGCUAUAACCGCGUUGAUAAGGAACACAUUGUAAGUUUUUUAUUAUUCUUUGAAUGUUCAGGUAUUUUGGCUUUGUUUUGAAGCAAUCUUUGGUUUGUAGCAUGUUUUUAAAUGGAGUUAUGGCUAAAAUAUUGUGUUGACUACCUGAUAUUUUGGUUUUUUAAGGCUGAUUAUUAAGAUUUUUUGAAUUGCGUUUGUAUAUUUAAGUGUAGUUAAAUAAAAACUAUUUUAAAAACGUUUUUCCCGACGUAACAACACGAGUUUUAGUUACCUAAACUACUAAGUUAAAGCCUGUUUUAGAUGUUCAGAAGGAGAGCUGUUAGUGAGAAAACCCCCAUUACCUCGGCCGUUUUUUGGCCCAAAUACGAGUGUAAAUGAUUAUUAUAAUGGAAACUUUGGUCGAGCAUACGACAUGUACAAUAAGGCGGACCUUUCAGUCACUUUCUUUUAUGCCCCGUGGAGUUUACAUAGUAAAGAAGCUAAACGAGAGUAUGUUAGGCUAGGACAAUUGCUCAAUAACACUAACUUAAGCGUAGGUUUUUUGAAUUUUUGUGAGGCAUUGAACUGUAAAGUGAUUUUAACAAAUUUUAGGUAUCAAAUUAUGUUGUUUUAUAUAUUGAUCUAUAUAAAAUGAGUUUCCUUGCUUUUUAGGUCAAAUUGAAUGCUGUAAAUUGUGACACAGGUUUUUGUAGACAUUUGUUCAAAGUUCAUAAUUAUCCCGCUAUAUUAGCGGUGGCUACGGGUGGUAUACCAGUGUUCUACGAAGAAGUUCCGGUUGCUGAUAAGAUUUUUAAGUAAGUAGAGUAUUUAAGUAAGUACGACGCUACACCAUCAAAAAUGCCUUUCAAAACUCAUUUUAUGUUAUUUUUGGAAUUCUCUUUACCUAAAAUUUUUUUUUAAUUUUGAAAAUUUUCUUUUUUCAGCUGGAUAUUGCACAUGUUUAGGCCAAUGCAUAGGCUUAAUCAAAUAGAUGAUAAAAAGUAUAAUGAUAAUAGAUAUGACAUGAUUACAGUGGCUUAUUUGACGGUUAAUGUAAGUUGGUUUUACGUCAUUUUUAUUUUGAAAUUUAGGUAAAAUACGUUGGUUGACUGUUUGGGUUGAAUUAUUACCUAAAGUGGAACUUUAUAAAACAAAGUGAUCUAUUAGCUUGUUCAAAUAAGCCUGUGCUCUCUAGCCACGAAAAUGUUCUUUGAGAGUGGGCACAGAAUUACGUGAACGACCUAAGACUUGGUGACCGAAAAAAGUUUUGGCGUUCUUGAGUGUACAAUGCUAUAUAUAUUGACGACAUGACUUUUGUUGGCACUUUGAUAAUUAAAAAUCUGUUAAUUUAUAUUUUUUUGACGAAAAAUUAACCCUAGGCUAACUUUUAGACUAAUUUUCAUCAUUACCUUCAUUUAUAGGCAAACCACCCUCUAUUUCGUGAGUUCAAAGUCUUCAGAGCAGCGGCUUUGAAGUCUCCGAAUUCUCGAAUUGGCUUUUUCUACACGACAGAUUUGGAAAUUGCGGAAAAGUUCGGAUUAAAAGAAAAUGGCUUAUUCAAAAUUGGUAAUAAGCUGUAUCGAAUUGGAGCUGAAACAACAUCACAAGCUGUUUUAGAGACAAUCAACAAGCAUUACAAGGAGAUUGAAGGCAGUUUGGUGGCUAAUUGGAGGACUGAACGUGAGUUUUUGGGGUUUUAAAUGGCUUACUUUAGUUUACUUUAUUUACUAAUUCAAAUUCUAUAAUAUAAUUUUUGAUUGCAAAGUAAUAUGAGGCAAUAGAUGGUCACUAGAUGGUAAUGUAAACACAAAUUUCAGUGAAAGAAUCAGAAGGACUGAUGUCAACACAGUUAUUUGAUUUGGUUAACAAGUCAAAGACAGCUGUUGUCUUUUUCACAUCAAUGCACGGUGAAUUUGGGACUUCUGAGAAUUUGGAGAGCUUGAGAAAGGUAACUUUUUUGAUUUUAUGUUUUACAACAGUAUUUUUUAGCUGAGUAUAGGUAUCGUUAUUUUAAUAAAAGUAAAAUUUGGGCCUCUGCACGGUGCAAUUUUUAAAUUUUAAGGUUUUGAAUCGUUGGGCUCAAAUAUUUUUGGAAUUUUAUAAUAUUUUUUGAAUUUAAAAACAUUUUUUGCCAUUUUUUAUCAAAAUGUAAUUCCAGAUAGCAUUUGAAUACUAUCAAUGUGAUAAAAAUGAGACUACAGUAGAAGAAGACCCUGCUGAUGUUAACAUAAAUUUUAAUGUUUUUGAUGAAAAAUGCGUACUAAAACAGAAUUUAAUAGAUAAAUGUUGUAAAGAACUAAAAGAAUAUGAUGCUUGUGGUAAAAGGAAGGAAGAAAGUGAUGAGUAUUCAACUAAAGAAGAUGAAAACGGCAGGAAGUUGGGGGAGUAUUAUGGAAAAAAUUGCAAAAACUUGCAGUUUUUAAAGAAAAGUAAGGCUUUUUGGGCUGGAAAUGAAGUUAUUUUAUUUUUUUAUUGAUUUUGGUAUUUUAGUGUUGUCUGUUAUCAAUAUUGAUAUUUUAAUGAUCUUUUUAAGGUUUUUAGGUAUUAAAUUUAAAGUUUUUACUUAUCUUUUGGAUCAUUUUUUACGUUUUUUAUAUAUAAACUAACUUUUUUUUUCAGAAUCCCUACAAAACCAUUGUUGCAAAUCUUCUAAAGACCAACUGAAACUACCUCAAGAUGUUGUAUUUGAAUGUUACAGUAAGAAAUCUCAAAAGCUAGGAACAACAGAGGAUUUGCCAACUAAAAAGCUUGGUGAUAUCAAGGGAAUCAGAGGAAAUGGAUGUCAAGUUAAUAGAACAGUUCAAUUCAUAGCGGCCGAAAAGAGAUUCAGUGGUUAUUUUGGAAGAAUAUGGAACCUAAACGGAGGUAGAUUUGGGUUUACAGAGGAUACGAUUGCUGUAAUUUCAAUUGAACAAGAGGUGAUCAAGGAGAUCGAGUUCAAAAGGGAUUUGUAGGUUGAGAUGUUGAGGUUUUUGUGGGUUUGAAAGGGGUAUUAGGCUGUUUAGGAACAAAAAACAGCAUUUUCAAGCUGAGCUUGUCAUUAUUUAUUUGAAUAAUUGAAAAAUGUUUUACAAAAUUUAGAAAACUAAUCAAAAAUUGUCUAAAACAUCGAUGCUUUGCCUGACCAUACCCAAGAAAACUCUAAUUUUUGACCAAUUUCAGGAACAAUCUUCUUGAUUUCCUAGAAAAUAUGGAUGCAACAACACUUGGAACACUGAGCUUUAGCGAGAAAAAUAGGCAAAGUCUUUUCACAAACACAACAGACUCGAUUGAUCUUCAAGAAAAUCCAAUUUCAAGGCCGUCGGUGUUGGUCAAGCUGGAUUCGGAAAGGUUUAAAACAGAAAUUUUGAACAAUGUAAGGGCAUUUUAGAGAUUUUUAGGUAUAAAUAGACCUGGAAAGGGGCCGGGAUCAAUUUUGUGGUUUUACACAGAGUUUAAGGUACUGUAACUUUUGCAAUUUUAGCCGAACAGAACCCAUUCAGCAGUGGUGUUUUUCUCCGGUGGCUCAGCUCAUGGACAAUCCGUAGCUGUGACUUACAUUCUACAUGCUGUGAAGCAAGAGUUUGUCAAGUUUGAAUCGCUUUUGAAGUUUUACAUGUAAGUUUUGGGACUUACUAGGAUUUUUUCGUAAGAGAGCCGAUUGGCGGUGAGAAACGUGUCAUUUAGUUUUGGCCUUACGAUCGGGCCGGACUUUAAAGUUGGGUUUCGGACUCCAGAAGUGGAUGUUGCACAUGUAACCUGUGCACUAAAAGGUUUUUUUUGGGUUAUGAAAGAAUAAAAAUUUGAAAUCAUUCAUUAUUUUUUAGCAUUGACACAUCAAGAAACUCAUUGCCGUACGCCUAUGUGUUUGAUUCGUUACCAAGUAUUGUCUUCUUUCCACCAGCUAAAAGGUAAAUCUAAAACAUUGUUUUUACAAUUAAAAUGGAGCACUACUGUAACAACGAAUGAACGAAUUCACGAGGAUUUAAAAAAUUUUUUUUUGAAAAAAAAAUUUGAACGUGUUGCAGUUUCCACCUCCAAAUAGCUCAUUACCCGACAGGACUACCAAUAACUGUGCCCAAUGUGUUGGCUUUCUUAAUAUCAAGAGCAACGCCAGAGCUGAAAUGGAGGUUGGCAUUGAGAUCGUGCACUAAAGGCUGUUUGGAUCGAAAUCGAUUAAAAUUGUUGAAAUUUGACAGAUUUAUAAGAGAUGACAUACGAAUGUUGAAGUUGACCAGAAAUAAGAUGAUGAAGAACCGCGUGGCAGCUAAACAUUUUUCUUUCACUUUGAAACGGUAUGUCAGCUUUACUGUAGGUCUAAAUUAGUUUACUCUUGCCUUAACGUCCUUUAAUCUACAGUGUCCUUACUUUUAGCUCUAGCUUUGCCUUACAGUAGCCUUACUAUUGCUAUAAAGUAGUUAUUGCUUUGUUCUGCAGCAGUUUUACAGUAGUCAUGCGCUUCUUGUACAAUAGUAUUACUCUUACUCUACAGUAGCGCUGUUCUUGCAUCAUAGUAGCUUUAAACUUACCUUAAAGUAGUCUUAUUCAAGCUUUACAGUACUGUUAUCUUUCCUUUACAGUAGCCGUACUCUUCUACAGUAGCUAUACCCUUGCUCUACAGUAGUUCUUUUACUUUACUGUAGCUUUAUCCUUGCUUUGUAGUAAACUUAUUCUUGGUAUACAGUAGCUCCAGCUUUGCUUUACAGUAGCCCUACCUUCACUCUACAGCAGCUUUAAUCUUUGCUCUACAGUAGCCUUACUUUUUUCUUACUAAAGCUUUGUUUGUAUAGAUCAGUAAUGACUAUUUUUCAGCCGAAAACUUCAACAAGCUGCAGCCCACUACCUUCUAAACGUACUCCGUAUUAUCCAAGACAACGACGAUGUUCGAAUAGAAGAUUUUGAAUCUGUAGAAUCUCACAAUUUGUUCAUAAGAUACUUGUUAUCAAACACUUUUAGUCACAUUUCCUAA